GGAGAGGCAGGGAGACGGAGCCAGAGACACCGGCGGCGGCGGCGGCGGCAGCAUCGGGACAAAGAGCACCGGGAUCGCGAUCAGCCGAGACCCGGAGCGCCGCCCAUCCGUCUUCCCAAGAGAGAGAGAGAGAGAGAAAGAGAGGAGGAAAAAAAGGAAGGAAGGAAGGAAGGAGUCGGGGGGGCUUCCCGUUCGCCUUGCACGUGGGGAAGCGGCCGGGGAGACCGAGCCGCGCCCUCCGCUCCGCCAGCCGGCUGGGCUUCCCCCCCGAUCCCCGCUCGCCCCACGUGCUGCGCGGACUCCGGCCGGGAACAAAAGAGGCGCGCCUGGCCGGCCGUCUCGGGGGCUGCGCCGCUACUGCCGCCGCUGCUGCUCCUCCGCUGGCGGAUGGCGGCUCCCUGCAGCCCGGAGAGCGGCGCGCCGCCGGGGGAUCGGCCCCGCGUCUACUUCCAGAGCCCCCCGGCGGGGUCCGGAGGGGAAGCGGGCCCCGACGACGACGAGGGCCCGGUGCGGCGCCAGGGACGGGUGACGGUGAAAUACGACCGCAAGGAGCUGCGGAAGCGGCUGCACUUGGAGGAGUGGAUCCUGGAACAGCUGACCGUCCUCUACGACUGCCAGGAAGAAGAAAUCCCUGAAUUAGAAAUAGAUGUGGAUGAACUGUUGGACAUGGAGAGCGACGAAUCGCGGAGCGCCAGGGUGAAGGAACUUCUGGUCGAUUGCUACAAGCCCACAGAGGUUUUCGUGGCUGACUUGCUAGACAAGAUCCGAGGGAUGCAGAAACUAAGCACCCCGCAGAAGAAGUGACCUCCGGAGUGCGGGCGGCCGUGCUGCGUGGCCCCAGCCAUUCGGGGCCCCGUGUGUCGCUGAAAUGUUGGCAGUGGGGGAGGAAGGGGGAGGGCGCUUUCACAGGGCUGAG